AUGAAAGCUUUAGCGAGAAGCUAUGUGUGGUGGCCAAACAUCAAUCAACAGCUGGAAAUGGUAGCUAAGUCUUGCUCUGGUUGUCAACAGAAUCAAAAGAUGCCAAGCAAAGUACCGCUACACCCGUGGGAAUGGGCGACCUUCCCAUGGCAACGCAUACACAUUGAUUUUGCUGGCCCAUUCAAAGAUUCUAUGUUCUUCGUAGUUGUGGAUGCUCACAGCAAAUGGCCAGAAGUUAUUCCAAUGAAGUCAACUACAUCAUCAAAGACCAUCGAAGUCCUGAGAAACCUGUUUGCUCGUUUUGGAAUUCCAGAACAACUUGUAAGUGACAACGGUCCGCAGUUUGUGUCAGACGAAUUCCAGACCUUCAUGAAGUCCAAUGGAAUAAGACACAUCACCUCGGCUCCGUACCAUCCUGCUACGAAUGGAUUGGCUGAGAGGUCAGUUCAAACUUUCAAACAAGCUUUGAAAUCUAUGGAAGGAAGCUCUUCACCGCUGAAGGAGAAGUUAGCAAAGUUUCUCAUCAAUUAUAGGAACACUCCCCAUUUAACCACAGGAGAGAGUCCAGCGCAAAUGAUGCUCGGAAGACCGUUACGUACUCGUUUGGACCUAGUCAAACCUAACAGGAACCGGAAAAUGUUGAACAAGCAACAUGAGCAAAGCAUGCAGUCAGCCCUUCAUAAUGCAACUCCAGCUAGACAAAUUGCACUUGGAGAUACUGUCAUGGCUCGUGAUUACAGAGGAGAUUACAAGUGGCGUCAAGGCCAAGUUAUUGAGAAGACAGGCCCUCUUAUGUACAAAGUCCAAGUCUCUCCAAAUCUGAUUUGGCGCCGACACAUUGACCAACUCCUUCCAACAAUGGUUCAACAGAGAGUUCCACAAGACAGUGACAUCAGCGAGCAUUUCGACACAGCGAAAGCAGUUCCAGACCCUGGAGUCCCAGCUCCAAUGGAAAACCUGCCGACUGAAGCAAACUCACAGGAGAUGAGAGCGGAGCAAUCCGCAAGCAGCAACACCCGUUGA